CCCCCCAAAUGUUUGCUAUUUAUGUAAAAUGCCCAUUGAUAUAACAUUGUAAUUUGUGCUCCGUAUAUAAAACUUUAUUAUAUUAGUGUUUGCUAAGAAUACAAAGUCUGCACUUUUUUUUGUUUACGUUGUUUAUUUUUUUAAUAUGGGAUUCAUUUUUUUUUUAUAUAUAUAUUGCUUGAUUUUGUCAAUAUGGGAUACUAUGUUCAAAACACGAUUAAUAUGACAUUGUAGUUUGUGCUCCGUAUUUAAAACUUUAUUAUAUUAGUGUUUGCUACGAAUACGCAUGAUGUUUAAUAUGGGGCCCACAUUUUUUUUUAACAUUGUUUGUUUUUUAAAUAUGGGAUUCACUUUUUUUUUUCAAUAUUGCUUGAUUUUGUUAAUAUGGGGUCCACUUUUUUAUUUCCCGUGAGUUUGGAUGUGGUGGGUUCCACUUUUUUUUUUUAAUACUGGUUGUUGUUUAAUAUGGGACCCAUAAUUUGGGAUUCAUUUUUUUAUAUAUAUAUAUUGCUUGAUUUUGUCAAUAUGUGAUACUAUGUUCAAAACACGAUUAAUAUGACAUUGUAGUUUGUGCUCCGUAUUUAAAAUUUUAUUAUAUUAGUGUUUGCUACUAAUACGCACCGUGUUUAAUAUGGGGCCCACAAUUUUUUUUUUAACAUUGUUUGUUUUUUUAAUAUGGGAUUCACUUUUUUUUUUAAUAUUACUUGAUUUUGUUAAUAUGGGGUUCACUUUUUUUUUCCCGUGAGUUUGGAUGUGGUGGGUUCCACUUUUUUUUUUAAUACUGGAUAGUGUUUAAUAUGAGGCCCACAUUUUUUUUAAUAUUAGUUGUUGUUUAAUAUAUAUGGAGCCCGCAAUUUUUUUUUAUGGGCCUAUUUAAUAUGGGGCCCAAUUUUUUAUUUUUAUUUUAUAUAUACUAUGUUCAAAACACGAUUGAUAUAACAUUGUAAUUUGUGUUCCGUAUCUAAAACUUUAUUAUAUUAGUGUUUGCUAAGAAUAUAAAGUCUGCACUUUUUUUUUAUAUAUAUUGCUUGAUUUGGUCAAUAUGGGAUACUAUGUUCAAAACACGAUUAAUAUAACAUUGUAGUUUGUGCUCCGUAUUUAAAACUUUAUUAUAUUAGUGUUUGAUACGAAUAUGCAUGGUGUUUAAUAUGGGGUCCACAUUUUUUUUAACAUUGUUUGUUUUUUAAAUAUGGGAUUAACUUUUUUUUUUAAUAUUGCUUAAUUUUGUUAAUAUAGGGUCCACUUUUUGUUUCCGUGAGUUUGAAUGUGGUGGGUUCCACUUUUUUUUUUUAAUACUGGAUGGUGUUUAAUAUGGGGUCAAUAAUUAUUUUUUAAUAUUAGCUGUUGUUUAAUGUAUAUGGGCCCACACAUUUUUUUUUAUAUUUUGUUUUAUAGGCCUAUUUAAUAUGGGACUCAAACUUUUUUUUUAUGGGGGGUCCAUAACGGACGACGAAAAAGUAGUGGUGCUUCUUAAUAGUAGUAAUAAUAUAUAUAUAUAUUACUAUUUAAAGCACGAUAAUGGAUUUCUGCUCGUCGCGACGUGGACCACUUCAGAUUCCUUUUUACACAAACUUUAGAGCUUCAAAAAUUGGACUAGGACAAGUGUCAUCCUCAAACACUAUAAAGUACUUCGUUUAGUAUGUCGAACGGUGGUUUUACUUACCAGCACACCUAGACUUCCCCCACCCCCUGCUCUCAUUCUGAGGUCCCUUAUUAUUUACUCAUGUAAAUUUUUUUGUCCUUUCCAUAUGUGCAUGUGUACAAGUGGAUGGUUAAGAAUUCUAAUUUUAGUUGGUCUCGGAAAUUAGUCAAAACUAGUCUUUUGACUAGUUUCAACCCAAAACAAACUUGGUUUUGGUCCUUUUUUUUUUCAAAAGUUUACUGAUAUUUUCUUUUCCAAAACCCACACCAAGUUGGUUUAUAACUUGGCACUCCUUGUAGAAAAGAUCCCUUCUAGUAGGAAAAAAAAGAAAGUAGUAUAUAUAGUUCAUGUAGCAAAGCUCGUGUAAGUAUUGGAAAGUUCUCUGCUUUUGCUAAGUAGUGAAAAAAAAAAUUGUGGAAAGAUGAUGAGUCUCUCAGGAAUGCCUUCAGCCUCUUCAAUAUUCCAGGCUUAUGCCUCAAUGUCUGCUUCAAUUACUCUUUUUAAGACAAUGCUGAAUCAAAUGGUUCCUCAUCAAGUCCAGCAAUAUAUUGUAUUCAAAAUACGUAGCUAUUUUCGUCCAAAUUCAUCAGACGUUACUUUGGUUAUCGACGAAAGAGAUGGCAUGGGCAUCAACGAAGUCUACAACGCUGCUGAAACCUAUUUGUCAACCCGAAUCAGCCCUGAAAUUCAAUGUUUCAAGAUCAGCAAAAGACCUAAAGACACAAACGUGAAUGUUAAAUUCGGUAAUUGUGGGAAAAUUUCUGAUUCUUUCGAAGGGGUUGAAUUGGUAUGGAAGUUUGUUCAGGAACCUGGCAAAAACACAAUUUCCAGAUUUCGUGAUGGUGAUGGUGAUGGUGGUGGUAGUUGUGAGAAACGUUAUUUUGAGCUCAGCUUUUACAAGGAACACAAGGACAAGAUCUUGAAUUGCUACAUCCCUCUUGUAAUUAACAAAGCCAAAGCCAUGUGCAAUAACAAAAAAGUUGUCAAGUUGCAUGCCCUAAACAGUAAUCAUAGUUAUAAUCCUUCAACUUGGGAUUCCGUGAACCUUGAGCACCCUUCAACUUUUGAUACAAUAGCAUUAGAACCAUCACUCAAAAAAACCAUAAUAGAGGAUCUUGAUAGGUUUUUAAAGAGGAAAGAGUUUUAUAGGAGAGUUGGAAAAGCUUGGAAAAGAGGGUACUUAUUGUAUGGACCACCAGGGACAGGGAAAUCAAGCUUGAUUGCAGCAAUUGCUAAUUAUUUAAAGUUUGAUAUUUAUGAUUUAGAGUUCUCUAAUAUAAAACGCGAUUCGGAUUUGAGAAGGUUGUUGCUGAGCACCAAGAAUAGGUCUAUACUUGUCAUUGAAGACAUUGAUUGCGGUGUAGAGCUGCCUGAUAGAACUGAAAAUCGCACAAUUUGCUCUACAAAUGGUCGUUCACGAGAUUCUGAGCUUACACUUAGUGGAUUAUUGAACUUUAUAGACGGGCUAUGGUCGAGUUGUGGAGACGAAAGAGUUAUCAUAUUUACCACAAAUCACAAAGAGAGGCUUGAUCCAGCUCUGUUGCGACCUGGACGAAUGGACAUGCACAUUCACAUGUCCUACUUAACCAGUGAAAGCUUUAAGGUGUUGGCAACUAAUUAUCUGGAAAUAAGUGAUCCAAAUUAUAGGGGUUUUAAAGAAGUACAAGAGUUGAUUGAAGGUGUACAAAUCACCGCUGCAGAGGUUGCUGAGCAGUUUAUGAAAAGUGAAGAUCCUGAUGUUUGCAUUGAAGGUCUUGUUAAAUUUCUCAAGCGAAAAAGGAUCAGUAACAAUGAGGCAUCAGAGGAGACCAGGGAUAAUAAUACUACUCAUGAUGCGGCACAACUUCCUCAAAUGACCGUGGACUGUCCUUGAGAAACUCUCUGUAGGGCUUUCUUCUCCAAACUGGAUUUUAUGUAGUACAGUAUUUGUUUUGAAUCCAAUCGAUGUCAUUUGGGCAGCCAACGUCUCUUUCAAAAUGAUGCUAUCUGUGCAAGUGCAUUGAAUCGAGUGUCUGGACGCUGAUUGCACAUAGGCUUAGUGGAAAAGUUUUAUUUUAUGUCUCACAUGCCAUGUCAUCUUGUGUGAGGCCUUUAUUGUUUGACAUUUGGAUUGAUGGCCCCACUAUCACCAUUUUGCUGAUCUUUCUUCCUCAUUCAUCCCUUCUCUCUACUGUUUGGAAGCUUAUUCUCCGUAAAUCUUAGAUCUUCUUUUGCUUCUUCAUUUCUUUCCCUUAAAAAAUCAUUUUAAAAAUUUUAUUCAAAUAAUUAAAGA